ACUUUUGACAUAUCAAAUGAUGACAGAUGACACGUAUUAAAAAUUUUGCUGUCGUGUUGGUGUUUACAUUCUAAACGUCAAUUAUUUGAUGAAUUUUACUUUACAAAUACCAGGGAAACUAUGCAAUGUUAUAUGAAUAAUUGAUUCAAUAAAUAUGACUAAUCUUCAAGAAGUUCCAACUGAGGAAUUACUUUCGUUUCAAGAUUUUCCUAGCGUUCACACAGCGAGUGGUGAUAAUAGAACAAUACCAAUUUCAGAAGCACAAAUAAAUAUUACUGACGAUGUAGAGGGUAAUAUUCAUUCUAGGAGCUCACAAGGACUGGGAGAUGUGUCAAACGAUCCAGCAGAUCCUAAACCAGAAAAAGCUUUUUGGAGUUUAGAAUAUUACCAGAAAUUCUUUGACGUAGAUACUUCAGAUGUAAUUGAAAGGAUCAUGGCAUCAAUAACUCCCAAGUGGGAUAACAGUCUUAAACAUCAUUUACGAUCAAAACCCGACCUUUACGGACCAUUUUGGAUAUCAGUUACCCUUAUUUUUACCAUAGCCAUUGGAGGAAAUAUAGCAAAUUAUCUACAACACGCAAAUUCACCUUACCAUUGGAGAUAUGAUUUUCAUUUGGUAUCAUAUUCAGCAACAGCGAUCUUUCUCUAUGUCACAUUGGUGCCAUUCUUAUUAUGGGCACUAUUGAAAUGGAGUGUUCACGUUCAAGAUGUUGAAGGAUUAGAUGAACUCUCACCUGGAAUAUUGGAAUUAAUUUGUGUCUAUGGUUAUUCCUUAUUCAUAUACAUUCCAGUAUCAAUAUUAUGGUCCAUUCAAAUUAACAUAUUGCAAUGGGUCUUAUUGGCUUUUGGCACAUUCAUUUCCGGAUCAGUAUUAUUACUAACUUUAAUGCCAGCUUUGAGGUUUUCGGAAAAAAAGUAUCUAUUGAUAAUUUUGAUAAUCAGUUUUCACUUAAUAUUAUCAGCGGGCUUCAUGUUGUACUUUUUCCAUGGUCCUAGCGAUACCACUCCUGUUUCUAGUCCAGUAGCAUUACCAACAAAAAACAUAACUAUAUCAGCGUAAUACAGUAAUCCCCCCUUAUAACACAUCAUAUUCCUCCAUUCUAAUCCCCCAUAUUACACGUGAAUUUCCCCAUAUAAUGGGGAGAUGUCCAACUUUAUAUUGCUGAUACGUGUGCAAAGGGAGAUUGUAUUGAGAUAUAUUGAUUUUAAAAAAACCCAAGCAAAACAUGUAAGUUUGAGAAAAAAAACACUCAUCUCCUUUCACACUAAUCAUCAGCUGAAGAUAUUUCAUCUAAAUUUGGUAAAGUGUCCUGGAUAUUUCUUUCAGUAGGUAGAUUCUCAUAAAAGUUGUGAAAUAGUUUGCGGUAGUUAACUCAAAAUGCACUUUUCAUGAAAUUGUCUCUUUUUGCACGUACAUGAGCGAUAUUGUACUUUAAAGAAUUAAACUUGGUUUAUAUUUACUACUACUACUACUAUUACUACUGUGGCCAAUAAAAUUCAAGUUUCCUCCGUAAUUUUCUAUCCUCAGCCAUGUCUACGUCUCCACCAAAUCUGUUUACAUCCUCACCCACUUGGUCAUUCCAUUUUGCUCUUGGUCUUUCCAGUGGGCGCUUCUUUUCUGGUUGACCUCUCCAUACUCUUCUUAUUGUUGUCUCUUCAUCCCUUACAUGGCCCAGCCACCUAAUUCUACUUUUUAUCACAACACCAAUAUCUGGUCGUCUGUUGCUGUUCUUACUUAAAUUCUUUGGUAUCCCAUAACGUUGAACAUUGAUUGAUUGGGCACUGCAACUCCUCCCACUUUCAUAUGUUCAGUCAUAUUUUCAUUUACCUCCUAUCCCACUUUUCGCACUUCUUCUAAGUAUACUUGUGCCAGUAUUUUCAGGUCGCUCUCACUGUCCACCAUAAGCUAAAAUAUUUAUUUUCCCUCCAGUAUUUGCUCCUCUUGGAAUAGCUCCAGUUGCUUCCAAAGCUCUUUCUAGAGCAAGGUUGAACAGAAGGGGGGACAGCCCAUCUCCUUGUCUUACUCCUGUGGUGAUAUCAAAUGUAUCUGUGAAUUCUUUUUCUAGUCUGACCUAGUCUUAUUAUCUUUUCUGGUAUGUUAUUCUCUCUGAGCACAUCCCAUACUAUUAGGCUAUCAUAAGCCUUCUCAAAGUCAAUAAAUAGUAUAAUAAACUUCUAUCAUGUUUCCAGUACUUUGAGGCCAGCCAUAACUAUUUGGUCAUUAGUCGAUUAAUUAUUGUAGUCUUAAUACCAUAUUUAAUUUAAGAAACAAUUACUGUGUCGAAAGCUUUCGCUAAGUUUAUGAAUGUUGUAAAUUAAAAUCGAUGUUUUUAUAGAUAAAUUUGGUGAUAAACGUUAUAAUGAAUCA